CGCUGACGUCGCUUUGAGAAGGAUGGCGAGCGCAAGACUCUUGUUGGCUCGAGGCUGCACUGGCGUGAAAUCUAGUUUCACAGGUCAUGGACAGAGAUCUCUCUCCGUAUCAUCGGCUGUGCUGGCGCGCACUCAUGUCAGUUAUGAGGUCAAGGAUAAUGUGGCUGUGGUGAGAAUCAAUGAUCCCACCUCGAAGGUGAACACUCUGUCCAAGCACAUGCAGGCUGAGAUGGUGGAGGUGAUGAAUGAAGUUUGGGGGAAUUCAUCAGUAAAGAGCGCCGUCCUCAUCUCCAGAAAACCAGGAUGCUUCAUCGCAGGAGCCGAUAUCAAUAUGAUUCAGGCCUGUACGACAGCAGAGGAAGUGACCUCACUCUCACAGGCGGGACAGAAGAUGUUUGAGCAGAUUGAGAAGUCACCAAUCCCUAUUGUGGCUGCUAUAAACGGCUCCUGUCUGGGCGGAGGACUGGAGUUUGCUAUUGCGUGUCAGUACCGCAUUGCCACUAAGAGUAAGAAGACAGUUCUGGGCACCCCAGAGGUGAUGCUGGGUCUGCUGCCUGGCGCCGGAGGCACUCAGAGGCUGCCUAAAAUGGUCGGUCUUCCUGCUGCGUUUGAUAUGAUGCUGACUGGCAGAAACAUACGGGCGGAUAAAGCCAAGAAAAUGGGGCUCGUCCAUCAGCUGGUGGAUCCUCUGGGUCCCGGAUUGAAGAGUCCAGAAGAAAGGACAAUCGAGUAUCUGGAGGAAGUGGCUGUUGAUUUUGCUAAAGGUCUCGCUGCUAAAAAAGUCACCUUGGAAAAGAAGAAAGGGCUCAUGCAGAAGGUGCAGGAUUUUGUGAUGGGUCUGUCACUGGUCCGGCAACAGAUCUACAAAACUGUCCAUGGCAAAGUCAUGAAACAGAGUAAAGGUCUUUAUCCUGCACCGCUGAAGAUUAUAGAGUGUAUUCAGACCGGCAUUGAAAAAGGAAACGCUGCAGGAUACCUGGCUGAAGCUCAGAACUUCGGUCAGCUGGCGAUGUCAUCAGAAUCCAGAGCUCUGAUUGGUCUUUAUCAUGGUCAGGUGGCCUGCAAGAAGAACCACUUCGGGAAGCCGGAGAGAGAAGUGAAAAAUCUGGCUAUCCUAGGGGCGGGGCUUAUGGGAGCGGGAAUUGCCCAGGUGACCAUAGACAAGGGUGUGGCCACUAUUUUAAAGGACACGACACUGGAAGGCCUCGCCAGAGGUGAACAGCAGGUGUACAAAGGACUUAAUGACAAAACCAAGAAGAAGAGUCUGACGACGUUCGAGAGAGAUGGCAUCAUGUCAAAGCUGUCAGGACAGCUGGAUUACCACGGCUUUGAGAAAGCAGACAUGGUCAUCGAAGCAGUGUUUGAAGACCUGGCCAUAAAACACAAAGUGCUAAAGGAGGUUGAGGCUGUGAUUCCUCCUCACUGUAUCUUUGCCACCAACACAUCUGCUCUGCCCAUUAAAGACAUCGCAGCUGCCAGUAAGAGGCCUGAGAAGGUGAUCGGGAUGCAUUAUUUCUCUCCUGUGGAUAAAAUGCAGCUGCUGGAAAUCAUCACCACCGACAAAACCUCCAAAGACACCACCGCGUCUGCCGUGGCCAUCGGACUCAAACAGGGGAAGCUCAUCGUAGUAGUGGGGGAUGGUCCAGGGUUUUACACCACUCGCUGUCUGGCACCCAUGUUAGCUGAAGCGGUUCGAAUUCUUCAGGAAGGAGUCGGGCCCAAGAAACUGGAUUCCCUGACAACAGGAUUCGGGUUUCCUGUGGGCUUAGCGACACUUGCUGACGAGGUCGGUAUUGACGUGGCGGCUCAUGUUGCAGAGGAUCUUGGCAAGGCUUUUGGAGCGCGGUUCGGAGGAGGAAAUGUUGACUUCUUGAAGACCAUGGUGCAAAAAGGGUUCAAAGGACGCAAGUCUGGAAAGGGUUGUUAUGUGUACGGAGCCAAGUCAAAAGAAAAGAAAGUGAACUCAGAAGCUGAAGAAAUUCUCAAGAGCUUCAAGCUAACAGCGCCCCCUGCUGUCUCCAGCGAUGAGGAUAUUCAGUACAGACUCGUGUCUCGAUUUGUGAACGAGGCCGUGCUGUGUCUACAGGAAGGCAUUCUGGCCGACCCCAUUCAGGGAGAUAUUGGAGCUGUGUUUGGACUUGGAUUCCCGCCUUGCUUGGGAGGUCCGUUCCGUUUUGUGGAUUCUUACGGCGCAGACAAACUUAUCCAGAAAAUGAAGCGCUUUGAGGAGGUUUAUGGUAACCAGUUCAGUCCCUGCCAGCUUCUCCUUGAUCACGCUAAAAACACCAGCAAGAGGUUCCACAAGUGAAAAGAUUCACCACUUUUAUAAUCUCCUCAUGACCUCAGUAUCACUUCACAUUAAAAGUAACAUCUCAUUUGCUCACUAAGUGCAUUAUUUACGUAACUUUAAUGUACUGUAUCAUUUUUGGGUUAAAAGCACUUUACUAAUUUGGCCUGUAUAUAUUUUUUGAGUUUAAUAAUCGAACAAACAAUAUAACAUCUCUGUAAAAUUUAAAUUUUCCUCAACACAGCGUUUUUUUAAUGAAUGGUGGUAGUUUAUUUAUUCAGGUACACAUCACAUCACUUCUGUUAAAGCCUUUAAAUGUUGCAGCUACAUUGUUUUUGUUUUAACCAGCGUGCCUCAGAUUAUCUCCAAGUCAAGCUGGACAAGGACUUUUGAGCAGUUAUUUGUUGUAUUUUUGUAUAGCAUAGUUUGUAUGUUUGCAUAUGUUUCUGCUACAUUAAACUAACAUCCCCUAAAA